AUUAAAACUACUAAACACAGAUUACUACCAGCCCCCCCCACAAAAAACUCCAAUAAACAAACCCCCAAUAACCACUGACAACUAAAAUGAACGAAAAUUUAUUUGCCUUAUUUACAACUCCAACAAUUCUAAAUCAACCUGCUACAAUCCCCAUCAUCCUAUUCCCCGUGCUACUAAUCCCAACAUCCAAACACCUUAUUAACAAUCGACUAAUUACUAUUCAACAUAACCUAAUCCAACUCACUCUAAAGCAAAUAAUAACUAUCCACAAUGCUAAAGGACAGACCUGAUCUCUAAUACUAGUAUCCCUAAUCACCUUUAUCACUAUAACCAGCCUUCUAGGACUUCUACCCCACUCAUUUACACCUACCACUCAGCUAUCUAUAAAUCUAGCUAUAGCAAUCCCCCUGUGAGCGGGCACAGUGAUCACAGGUCUCCGCUUUAAGACCAAAAAUUCCUUAGCCCACCUCUUACCACAAGGUACACCGACACUACUUAUCCCCAUACUAGUUAUGAUCGAAACUAUUAGCCUACUCAUUCAACCAGUAGCCCUAGCCGUACGCCUAACUGCGAACAUCACAGCUGGCCACCUGCUAAUGCACUUGGUUGGAAGUGCUGUGCUAGCACUGCUAACUAUCAGCCCCCCCAUUGCCUUACUAACCUCCAUACUCCUAAUACUACUUACCGUCCUAGAAAUCGCAGUUGCCCUAAUCCAAGCCUACGUUUUUACGCUUCUGAUUAGCCUCUACUUGCAUAACAACACCUAA